AUGUCAUCUUUCUCCAGAGAUGCUCAAAGGCUUGAAGAAUACUACAAUAAAAACCAACAGUUGAGGGAGCAACAAAAAGCUUUGCAUGACAAUAUUAAAGUUUUAGAGGACAGGUUGCGAGCAGGCUUGUGUGACAGAUGUGCAGUUACUGAAGAACACAUGAAGAAGAAACAGCUGGAAUUUGAGAAUAUUCGACAGCAGAAUCUAAAGCUUAUUACUGAACUUAUGAAUGAAAAGCACAGUCUUCAAGAUGAAAAUAAGAAUCUCGGUGAUCAGCUUGAAUCACUUGAGCAUCUGGUUAAAGAGCAACAGCAAGAAGUGGUCGGAGCAGCAGAUCACGAUGAUGGAAUAAUUCCAGGUUCUCCGAUUGUAUCCCUUUCCACCUCUGUGCUGAGCAGAAUGCGAAGGAGAAAGGAGAAUCGCCACAUUGGCUACACAGCGCAUGCUAGUUCAGAACAUUCACGGACGCAGAUUGAUGAGAAAUGUAAAACGCUGUUAGCGGGCUUCCCUGGCAUGGCCCGAUGCAAUCGGAAUGAGGAAGUGCUAGCUGCAGACACCUGUGAACUUGGAACAUUGUCAAUAGAAUCUUCUACCAAUGCACCCAGACGAGAUGUUAGUUCAGUUCUAACCACACUACAAGCUAAAGAACAGUCAACCAUGGAAAAGAAUAGUAUUAAUCUGGCUGCGGUUGUAGCAGAAACGUUAGGCCUUGGAAUUCAGGAGGAGCCCCACUCGCAAAGUCUUCUGAAUUCAUAUAGGGACCUUCCCAAGACCACACACUUUCCACUGAAAAAAGAUGCCAUUUCAGCAGAUUUGGGCCAUAUAAAUGACAAUGGCUCCAGAGUUUCUUGUGCAUCAGAUGCAGAAGAAAAAAAUCGAAGUUGGAUCGCUUCUCCUGUAUUUGGAGCUUCUGCUUCCUCUGAUUUUGAAGCUAAAAUGAAUCAAUUCCUUGAGCAAUCUAAACUGGGGGAACCAAAAAUAAAGCACAUUGAAUUGAAGACUGAUGCAACCCUGUCCAACAAGAUGGCAAAAAGGAAAAAAAUGGAAGAUGAGAAUGAUUCUGCCACAGAGGGUGAAAAACCUUCAUUUAAUAAGGAAAAUUUCCCUUCAACAUUAGAGAAAAGUGGUUCUCUGGACGAUAAUCUUGACAAACCCUUGGACUUAUCUGACCACAUCUCUGGUAGUCGAUUGGAAGAAAGAAGUCUUGGAAAAGAUGCAGUGGGAAAUAAUUCAAUUAAAGUUUCUCAGCCAGAAUCCAUAAGACCAAGUUUAAAGACCACCAAUUUCAGAAGAGCUUGCAAUGGAUUAACCAAGGAUUCUCAAGGUGGUGCUUAUCUACAAGAAAACUUUGGGGGAUCACGUUCUGCAAAAUUGCACGAUGUUCAAGCGGGAAGUGCAAAAGACAGAGUCGACAGAGAUUCAUCUGAUAACCAAGAUCCUUCUAGAAUUUUCACUCAGAAUGAACAAUGCUUUAGUGACUUGAAGGAUUUUGAAUUCGAAACUCCAAAAAUGAAAAAUUCCAUAACUGCAUCCAAGGAGUCUACCUCAGUACUUCAGCGGAAUCCCUGUGCAUCUGCCAUAGGGAGAAAUACUGAAAACAUUCAGUGGAGCAUAGACCCAGAAGCAGACCUCUCUGAUUGUCAGAUGGACAGUUUAGAACUGGACUUGAAGCCCAUCAAACAACUGGGUUCAAAUACACCAGACAUGGAUUGCACCUUCGUGAGUGAAAGCAUGUUGUUGAAAACUAAAAAGCGAAGAACAGACCAGUCAAUGCCUGGUCCUCACACCUUGAACGGCAACCUGUCGGAAAUGUUUGACCGUACUACAUAUGGUGAAUAUGAUUCGUAUCCUCAAGAGAGUCCUCAGAAAGAACAUGACGAUGUUUUUCAAGAAGAACCAGAGAAAGUAAAAAAUGAAUCUUUUGUGCAGCCUUAUGCAAACACUGGACAAAGGAAAAAUACAGUUUUAAACUUUCCUCACGUUGAGGUGGUCCGUAAUAAGCAAGAAAGAAGAAAAUUGCAUGGGCAUACGUGCAAGGAAUGUGAAGUCUAUUAUGCAGAUCUUCCAGAAGAAGAGAGACUGAAAAAGUUGGCAAAUUGCUCCAGGCACAGAUUCCGCUACAUUCCCCCAAACACACCAGAGCAUUUCUGGGAGGUGGGGUUCCCUUCCACCCAAACCUGUGUUGACAGAGGUUAUAUAAAAGAAGAGAGCACCCCCUGCCAGCGACCAAGACGGAGGCGGCCUUACAAUCCAACAUUUUUGCUGAAGGACAAAGAACAGAAUUUAACUUAACCCUCCACGUAAAAGGCAACUGCGAAAACAAAAAUCAACACUGACGAAUGUGUCUUAAACAUCAAACUUUGUAGUCCAAAAGUCAAAUUUAUUAUAGCAUUUGAUUAGAUCUAAUUUGUUUUUCUACAAUUGUUAUUUAAAUUAUGAUUAUUUUCACCCAUGUAUUGACUGGAAACUUUUACAUUUGCACACCAUGCAUAAGGUUUGGUGAUAUUUGUUGCACUGGAUGAUAGCACUGGACAAUUAUGCCCUUUAAUUUGUAAACCUUUAUAUAAUUGUAAAUAUAAGCUGAAUUUUUUGGAUGUUUGAUAUUGAAUAAGCUGAAACUUUGAUUGUAAUAACGACAUCAGCAAAGACUAAAUGAAAAGUCACAUGGUCUUGAAUCAGUUCAUUCAAAAAAUAAACUUUAUUGCAAAAUGCAA